AUGGAAAGAAAUCCCGUGAAUCGAUUCAAAAGAUGGGUUAAAAGGAGUGGUUGGUGGACUGAAAAGGAUGAAUUGGAGCUUAGAAGCAGUGUUAGGAAGCAAUUAAUGCAUGCAAUUCAAGUGGCAGAGAAAGCACAAAAACCUCCACUUGAGGACAUGUUUACUGAUGUCUAUGACAAACUUUCAUCAAACCUUGAGGAGCAAGAAAGAGUGCUUAGAAAAACCAUUGAGAAGCAUCCCAAAGAUUACCCAUCUGAUGUUCCUUUGUAG